AUGCCUCUUUUUGGAUCCAAACACAAGCACGAUCAAGAUGUCACGCGCACCGUCGUGGACGACACCAGUGGAGGACGCCACCACAACACCGUAGGCGCCAACCCUGCGACCCAUACGACUACAGGCGUAAACCAGGCUUAUCCCGAACAAGGAUAUGGCGGGCAAACCGACUUCUCAGGGCAACCCGGCUACGGGCAAAGCACUCACGCUCAAGGCCAACCCGGUUUGAUGGGCAGCAACGCUCCUGGCCAGCACGGAUAUGUCGCCGACGAUCGUUACAGCACAGGUGCCCAUACAGGUGCCCAUACAGGUACCAACACGGGCACUCACGGAAGCGCCAUCCCUCCUUCUGGCGAAGUACAUCAUGGCAAGAGCUCGACGGGCGGUGCAGGACAGCGCCUCACGGGCAAGGUCGAGUCUGCCGUCGGCACUCUCGUUGGGAGCAACGCACUCAAGCAGAAGGGGCUCCAGAAGGAGCAGGAAGCCAACGCGGUGAAGCUACAGGGACGCGAGCUCUCAGAGGCCGAGCGCUUGGAGCGUGAGGCUUUGAUGAGGCGCGAGCGCGCUGUCGCACACGGAGCGCAUCCUGCCAAUGCCACCCUCGGGGCUGGAACCAAUCAAGGUGUUACCGGAGGCGGGUACACUUAA